AUGGCUGUGAAUGUAUAUUCAACCAGCGUAACAACAGAGAAUCUUAGCAGGCAUGAUAUGUUGGCCUGGGUUAAUGAUUGCCUCAUGUCAAAUCUAACAAAGAUUGAGGAAAUGUGCACUGGAGCUGCAUACUGCCAAUUUAUGGAUAUGCUUUUUCCAGGUUCAAUGAUGGUGAAGAAAGUCAAAUAUAAAACAAACCUUGAGCAUGAAUACAUCCAGAACUUCAAACUUCUUCAAGGAUCCUUUAAAAAAAUGAAUGUGGACAAGAUUAUCCCUGUGGACAAGUUAAUCAAGGGUCGCUUCCAGGACAACUUUGAAUUUCUUCAAUGGUUCAAGAAAUUCUUUGACGCCAACUACGAUGGUUCACCCUAUGAUGCCGUUGAAGCUCGCGGUGGCGAAGUUUUGGGUCUUGGGCCAGCAACGCAAGGUGGAUCCCAGUCUCAUUUGGGAGGAUCGGGUCGGCACUCGCCGUCUACGGGGUCUUACUCGCGGCAGGCUUACAACAAGCCUGCCCCUCACAGAACUGGUAUAGCACAAGAAAUGGUUUUUCAUAUCAAAAGAUCCCCGUUGGCAUCUUUUAUCAUCCCGAUCGACAAGUUGGUGAAAGGUCGAUUUCAAGAUAAUUUCGAGUUCGUCCAGUGGUUUAAGAAAUUCUUUGACGCCAAUUACCAAGGGCAGGACAUGGAUGGGUACAACGCUCUAGAGGUUCGCGGAGGCGAGCAAUUGGGCUGGGGAACCGGAGCCAACGCUCCGCGUUCAACUCACCCACCAAUUACCCCUGCUACCGCCCCUCGGGCCCCUCCUCAAGCGCUGGCCAGACCACAGGCUGCUCGGCCUGCUCCACCUAGAAAUAAUUCGACCCCAGCCUCCAACGUGAGUAAUGCAGGCAGAGGUGGUAUAAGUGCGGGAAUGAACGCUGCUGGGAAGAUGCACGAAGCUAAAAUUGAAGAUUUGAAUUCUCAAAUUAUGGAAAUGAAAUUGACGCUAGAAGGGAUGGAAAAAGAGCGUGAUUUCUAUUUCGGAAAACUUCGUGAUAUCGAGCUGCUAUGCCAAGACAUCACUCAAGAGGAUAAUCCGAUCAUUCAGAAGAUUUUGGCAAAGCUAUAUGCUACUGAAGAUGGUUUUGCAGCUCCUGAAGAAGUCGAAGGCGUCCCGCCCCCGGAAGAAGAAUAUUGAUUCAAAUUUGUUUUGUUUUUUUUUUUUUUUUGCUAUUCUCUCUCUCCUCCCCCUUUGUCACCUACCAAGUAAUUACUUUUCUUUUGCACCUUUUCACGACUUAAAGUAAAAAUCCCAUUCUUUUAUCUAAAGGCGAUUAUUACAUUAUGGUGAUGUUUGAAUCGUUUCGUUUUCGACUCUUUCUGCCUACUUGAGAUUCACAAUAAAACACCUGCUCGCGUUUGCGUUUUCAACAAUUGCGUAGCAGGGCAACGGCUAUUAAUGUACUGCAUGUAUUGGCGAAAGUUGACAUUCUGUGGAGGAGUAUGGUCAGUAGGGAAUAAACCAGUUUCUUUACUUGUUCAA